AUGCCACAGGUAGAUGGAAAUGCCGCCGCAAUGCUGGCCUCUUCUGCAUCUGGGACUACGCUUAUGAUUCUGGUCCAACUGGUUUCAAGGUUAUUUACUUUCACUGCGAAUAAUUUGAUUCUCAGGAGUCUGCCGCCGAACAUCUUAGGUCUUGCAACGCAAUUGGAGUUAUACUUUAUGUCGAUUCUAUACUUUUCGAGGGAAAGCAUCAGAAUGUCAAUUCAAAGACAGUCGAUGCACUUUACGCCUGCAGCUAUGUCUGUCCACGAGGAUAAUAAUGAUUCGGCUCGCAAAAUAACCGGCCAAACACCAGAAGCCAAAUCCGCAGUGUCACAGUCGGUGGUGAACAUGUCUUACUUGAGCCUUGGCUUGGGAUUUCUCUUUGCAAUGGUGUUUUUAACUUUUUAUAUGCAUUUUGUGCCAACAGAAGUCUCCCAGAUGUCAUUCUACCAUGCAAGUGUGAUAAUUACAACCAUCGCAUCCCUCAUGGAACUUUCUAUUGAGCCCUUCUUCAGUGUAGUGCAGCAGUACAUGCUACACAAGAAGCGUGCUGUUGUUGAAAUGAGUGCAGCUUUUGUAAAAAGCUUUAUAACUUGCGUUGCUUUUACCUGGGCUUCUCGAACCAGCUAUAGUGUUGGAGUCCUUCCAUUUGCUCUUGGCUACCUGUGUUAUUCUUUGACACUCAUAUUUGGCUACAUAAUAGCACUUCAACAGUUCACAGAGAAGUGGAAUUUCUCAAUGUUCCUUACCAGAAUACAUGCAAGGUCCAACUACUUGGCUGACAGGUUCUCAUGGCCGAUGAUAACGCUUUCUGCAAAUGUCUUUUUCCAGUCGGUGAUUAAACAUAUACUCACGCAGGGUGAUUCUAUGAUGCUGGCAACUAUGACGACCUUGGAAGAUCAAGGCAUAUAUGCAUUGGCUUCAAAUUAUGGUGGCCUCUUGGCCCGUGUUUUAUUUCAGCCAAUCGAGGAAAGCAGCCGGGCGCUUUUUUCGUCACUGCUUAACUUUGACGAGACUGGUCAACUAAGUAUAAAGAAUACCAAUGCUGCUAAAAAUCACCUAAUUCAAAUCAUGCAUAUAUACAGCAUGAUGGCUGUUGUGGGAUUUCCCCUGGGUCCGUCUUUGGUAACUCUGGGCCUUCAUGUGUUGGGUGGAGGCAACUGGGUUUCGCCCAGAGUCAGCAGCCUGCUAUCUUUAUACUGCUAUUACAUACCAUUUUUGGCAUUCAAUGGCAUUGGUGAAUCAUUCGUUUCAUCGGCCGCCAAUCCAGCAGAACUUCGCAAACAAGCAGUGUGGAUGGGGGUUUUCUCAGCAUGCUAUACUUCGGCGGCCUAUUUAUUACUAGAAGUUGGUGGCUUAGGCGCCCAUGGCAUGGUAUAUGCCAAUAUCCUCAAUAUGGCAGUUCGUACCGUCUGGAGUUUCUUAUUCAUACGGUCAUUUCUGCGUCGCCACAAUGGUGAUAUAAGCUUUGCUGACCUUAGCCCACGUCCUCAUACAUGCGUUGCUGCAGUCUUGAUGUCUACGAUAAUAGCUUUAAGGAGGGCGUAUAACCCAAACUAUAACCAUGUCAGGGAAGGAUUCGUGCAUUGCGCAAUUUACCUCGUUCUAGUGUGA